UCUUUAUCGCAUUUUGGCGAGAAUUUUCUCGAAUUUGAAGUGUCAUUUCUAGACUUCGUGUUGCUUGUUUGAACUCGACGAACAAAUUAGUGAAAUAGAAAAGAAAGCAUUGUGAAGCCAGAACCUUAAGUAUUUAGCAAUAAAUAUUUUAUUACAAGUGCGCCUAUUGUUUUACCAGUUGUCAGCAAAAAAUAAUCAUGGAACAGGUAAAUCAGUUAAAGGAGAAGGGUAACGCGGCGUUAUCAUGGGGGAAGUUCGACGAGGCCGUGAAGUACUAUACUGAGGCUAUUGCCUUGGAUCCUCAGAACCACGUUCUGUACAGCAACCGAUCAGCGGCCUACGCCAAAGACGAGAACUACGCCGCAGCCUUAGCUGACGCCGACCAGACCAUCGCCCUCAACCCUACGUGGAGUAAGGGGUAUUCUCGCAAAGGUUCAGCAUUAGCAUACUUGGGGCGUCAUGAUGAGGCCAUUGAAGCUUACGAGAAGGGUCUGGAGUUGGAGCCAGGUAAUGAGCAGCUGGCUUCAGGGCUGGCUGAGGUCAAGAAGCAGGUUGUUGAGCUGAAGCAGAAGACAGAGCAGCUGUUUGAGAAGCUCAGAGCUAACCCACAGACAAAGGAAUGGCUGAACGAUCCGGAAUAUGUCAAAAUGGUUGAAAAAAUAGCACAGAAUCCCUUCGAUGUCAAAAACCUUGGAGCCAAAAUGGAAGACAAACGAGUCCUCACCACAAUCAGCAUCAUGUUCGGUCUAGACCUUCACAUUCCAAUGGACGUAGACCCACCUGCACCGGAAAAAAAGACUGCGGAACCACCUCAGAAGGAAGAACCAGAGAAACCGAAAUACGAUGACCUUCCUGAAAACAGAAGACAGGCAUUAUUAGAAAAAGACCAAGGCAAUGAGUGUUAUAAAAAGAAGGAUCUAGAAAAUGCCUUGAAACAUUACCAAAAGGCCAUGGAACAUGAUCCUACGGAUAUUACGUUUUACACAAACAUGGCCGCCGUGUAUUUUGAACAGAAAGAAUAUGAGAAAUGUAUUAAGGAAUGCGAGAAGGCCAUCGAUAUUGGUAGAGAGAAUAGAGCUGAUUUCAAGUUAAUAGCCAAGGCUUUUACUAGGAUUGGUAAUGCAUAUAAAAAGAUGGAGCAAUGGAAGUUAGCGAAAACAUACUUCGAGAAGUCCAUGUCUGAGCACCGUACUCCGGAGAUCAAGACCUUGCUCAGCGAGGUGGAGAGAAGGAUAGUUGAGGAGGAGAAGAAGGCCUAUGUGGACCCUGUCAAGGCUGAGCAGGAGAAGGAACUGGGCAAUGAUUACUUUAAGAAAGGCGACUACAGCACAGCAGUAAAACACUAUACUGAAGCUAUCAAGCGCAACCCUGAUGACCCCAAGUUGUACUCCAACCGUGCCGCCUGCUACACCAAGCUGGCUGCCUUCGACCUUGGACUGAAAGACUGUGACCAGUGCUGCAAGCUCGACCCUAAGUUUAUCAAGGGCUGGAUCCGGAAGGGGAAGAUUCUUCAGGGUAUGCAGCAGCACUCGAAAGCUCUGACCGCUUACCAGAAGGCGCUGGAGCUGGACCCCAGCAAUGCUGAAGCGCUGGAGGGCUACCGCGCGUGCUCCACGCAACUUAACUCCAAUCCUGAGGAGGUCCGCAAACGCGCAAUGGCCGACCCAGAAGUGCAACAGAUCCUCCGCGACCCAGCAAUGCGCUGCAUCCUCGAACAGAUGCAACAAGACCCCCAGGCCCUACAGGACCAUCUAAAGAACCCAGACAUCGCUGCCAAGAUUCAGAAGCUUCUAGAAUCUGGCCUCAUCGCUAUACACUAGUUUACGAAUGCCUCUUUAGAGAUUAGGGUUAUAUCAAUUAGUACUCGAAUCGAUUAGAAAAACUACCAUUACAGUAGAAUGUUUCGUUGCUGGCAACGUUUGACUGGUUUUGUUUGUACAUGGAAACUAUUAUGAAUAGCAAAAAUGAUACUUUAUUUACCCAUAAUGAUAACCAGCAUCAGAAAGCAAUUAGUUAUUUUAAUCGAUUCGGUACGAGUUCAGAGUCUCGUCAUCUCGGAUACAGAACGGAGAUCGAGUUACUGUUUUGAAUGGAUUUUCGCCUACCAAACGUUGAAUGAAACUUAAUUAGGUAUUUAAAGUCAUCGCUUUUUUACACUGAUUUACUCAAUUAACGUGUUACGCUUGUCUCAAAUUGUAGGCUUGUUUGUGGACCAUUCCAAAGUAUGCUUUUUCAGUAAGUUUUGCAGUUUGGCCUUUUCGGUUGUAGGUUUUAUUUUAGCGUACCUACUUAAUUUGAAUAUCUUUAUGCAGAUAUACUGCCUGAAUGGAAUUUACAUGAAUAGCAUUUUUUGUAAUUUAUUCAAUAAUAAAGAAAUAUGUAGGCA